UUCCAAUCACAUGAGCUAAAACAGUCUUUCAUCUUGUCAAUUUCGCGGAAGUAAAAGGAUACUGAGAUGGGUUUGAGCAAAACAGAAGUUAAUUUGAGAAGAUUACUUGCAGCAGCUCCGCAACAGCAAAAUCAAGCAAAGCUGAUACAUUAUGUUGCGACUCUAAGAGAGCAACUCGAGCAGCUUGCUGAAGAGAGGACUCCUGAAGGUCUGCCAAGAGUUUCAAAAGCUCAGUUAAAUGAGUAUUCAGAGAAAAUUGAAGCUGUAGCAUCCAAAUUAGUGGUCACGGAGUUCCAGUCAGGUACUAAACUUCCUCAGGAGCCUUCUCUUGAGUCUAAGGUCAGGGGUUCCCCUUCAACAUCAGUGGGAGAUAGUGUUCACUCUCCCAAGGGCUUGAGGAGGAGAAUUGUCCUCCCAUCAGAAGAUAAGUCAUCCAUGAUUGAUAAGGAUAGCAGUACUUCAAAGUCUGUCAAAUUGGAUGCUGCAGCACAGGCUCAUAUUGAAAAACACAGAAAGCUACAAGAAGAUUUGACGGAUGAAAUGGUUAGCUUGGCACGACAACUCAAAGAGAGUAGUCUUAUGAUGAGUCAAUCCAUCAAAAACACUGAGAAGAUUCUUGACUCAACUGAGCAAGCUGUGGAACACAGCUUGGCAAGCACUGGACAUGCCAAUACACGAGCAAUGGAGGUUUACUCCCAGAGUUUGAAAACAUCAUGCUUCACAUGGCUGCUGAUCUUUUUCAUGACAUGUGUAUUUGUCAUGGUUGUACUGCUUAUCCGAGUGACAUAAGAAGCUUCUUUCUGGUGGGAUUGUAAUAGCUACAAGAUUAGUAACAUCUUAUUUAUAGAAAGUUUAGUCUUUUGAGUAGCUUUAAGAAUCAAAAUAUGUACAUCCGCUUAGGAAAACUGAUCUUGACUGCAUUUCUUUGAGGAAACAGUCAUCGGUGUUGUGAAGGAAAGAGAAAAGUCAAUGAAAUGUUUGUGUA